CAUCAAGCGAAGCCGGGCUCGUCCGCCGGCGCGGACCUGAGGUCGCACAAGUGAAGUGGCGCGCGCCUCGUCUUCCUCAAGAAACUUCUCGACCUCUCGCCUCUCCCGCACCGCAACUUCUUUCACUCGGCGUCUCUAGCCCGCUGCUCCCACUGCCCGAGCCUCGCUUUUUUCCCCGAGCCUGGAGUGGUGGUGGGUGGUGGUGGAGGUGGGGGGGAUCGCGACCUCGCUCCCCGCCCGAGCUGUGCGCGAAGGUUUGGGAGAGGCUCCCCCUGCCAGCUCUCGGCACGCCCCCGCCGCGGCCAGACUAUUUGUAGGACUCGCCCAGAGAGGAUUCCCCGAGCAGUUGGGCGGCCGGGGGAGGAAUCCAGCGGGCUUCGAAGCGGGGUGGAGGGAGAAAGAUGUCUCUGGGCUGCGGCCACGGCUCUGCGAAGAUGCUGCUGCCUCCGUCCACUCUGCUGCUUGCCCUGGCCGGGCUGCUGGCUUCCUGGGCGCCUCCGGCACGGGGCGCGGCUUGCGAGCCGGUGCGCAUCCCCCUGUGCAAGUCUCUGCCCUGGAAUAUGACCAAGAUGCCCAACCACCUACACCACAGCACGCAGGCCAACGCCAUCCUGGCCAUGGAGCAGUUCGAGGGGCUGCUGGGCAUUCACUGCAGCCCGGACCUGCUCUUCUUCCUCUGCGCCAUGUACGCGCCCAUCUGCACGCUCGACUUCCAGCACGAGCCCAUCAAGCCUUGCAAGUCCGUCUGCGAGAGGGCCCGGGCCGGCUGCGAACCGGUCCUCAUCAAGUACGGCCACGCCUGGCCGGAUAGCCUGGCCUGCGACGAGCUGCCGGUCUACGACCGAGGGGUCUGUAUUUCCCCCGAGGCGAUCGUCACAGCGGAAGGAUCCGAUUUCCCUAUGGAUUCUAAUAAUGGGAACUGUAGAGGCACCAAUGCCGAGCGCUGCAAAUGCAAGCCUAUAAAAGCUACCCAGAAGACUUAUCUUCGGAACAAUUACAACUAUGUUAUUCGGGCUAAAGUUAAGGAAGUAAAGACCAAAUGUCAUGAUGUCACUGCAGUGGUUGAAGUAAAAGAAAUUCUAAAAUCUUCGUUGGUGAACAUUCCCAGGGACACAGUCAAUUUAUAUGCAAACUCUGGCUGUCUUUGCCCACCGCUUAACGCUAAUGAAGAAUAUAUCAUCAUGGGCUACGAAGAUGAGGAACGUUCUAGACUACUCUUAGUGGAAGGCUCCAUAGCUGAGAAAUGGAAGGAUCGUCUCCGUAAAAAAGUGAAGCGCUGGGACCAGAAACUCCGUCAUCCUGUCAAAGGCAGAAAUGAACCUGGACAAAGUGAUUCUGCUCCCAAAUCUGGGAGAAGCACCAAUCCACGACAAAGGCGCAACUGAGAUGGAAAAUACCUUGAGGCCAAAACUAAUCCACAGACUUGUAUAAAUUAAAAGACUUGCUUUCUUGAAGCAGCAAAAGAGAAAUUGCACUAUUGCACGUUGCCUUUUAUUGUUUACUAUGAGUAGCCAAUGUUAGUUGUUGUUUUUUCUUCCCUUCUUGUUUUCUUGCCUCUUGCACUGUGCAGGAGUACAAAUGCUUGGAAAAGAAAGGUAUAUUAUAUUCACAAACACCUAUCUGUGAAUUACAUUGACAAACAUUUUUAUUUCUUUGAAUGGCCAAAUUGGUUUUAUUAGAUGCUCGUCAUAAUCGUUUGUAUACAGUUCUUUCAGUCUAGAAAGCCACAAAUAUUUUCUCUAUAUACAUAAACAAGUUGCGCGAAAGGAUAUUAAAAAAAAAAAACUGAAUCCCACAAUUCUUAGGUUGUGUUAGGAAAGAAAUAUAAUCCAAAUUACCCUGUAGUUAUAAAGAAGAAUGAGGUGAAUGUGAAGAUUAUCAGGACUCCACAUAUUAAGAAAAAUUAAGAUUUUAAUGGGCCUUUUCUAAUAGAAAAAAAACACCAGAAGGCAAAUAAAUUCUAAAAGUUGUUAUCUGGGAAACACAUACUAUUUUUACAAUUGGCAAGUGGAAAAUUUGAUCAAUUUUAAAGGGUUUGUCCCCUUCUCCUUAUUCAUAUUGAUACUCUUUAUGGCAGCCUAAGUUGUGCAAAGAGAUUAUACCAAGAGAAUUUAGCUUUUUAGAGUAGGUUUGCUAAUAAAUGUCAAUUCCGCUUCAAUAAACUACUUAUAUGAAGCUUUGUUUUAAAACAUUAGCCAUGACAAAAACCGCACGAAGGACUUUCUUUUGAAAGUCUUAAUCCUUCUGGGAAAAGUUGUAUAGAAUUGUUAAAAUCUUGCCCAAAGAUACCCCAUACUUGUCUUCUGUUAACACUUCUCCCUCCUUUUCAUUGUUGCUGCUGAGUUGCAGGAAUACAAGGUCAUCUUCAGGCCUCCAUCUCAGUGUAGAUCUGCAUUUUGUCAUUUCAGGCUGUCCUUUUGAUUGUAUUUCACUACCUAUAUGCAACUGAAAUGUUUAAUGGUCAAUGUUGGGGAUUUGGAUGAACACUUCUGAGAAAGCUGAAAGAGUGGGACCAUUGGACAUAUACUUCCUACCAUGUUGACUGUGGACAAUGGGAGUCUGAGUCUAACACUGCUGGAGAACCAUAGGGUCUUCACCCUUACAAGUAGCAAAUAAUAGCAUCAACUUCUUUGCAAUCAGCAGACAUUUUAAAUAACUUACAAUGCAUAUUUCUAUUCUAGUGCCAAGAGAUCAUCCUAAUGAUCAGACCUUUUAAGUCUUUUGUAGCAGUGCCAAUAGCUUGAAGUUGUAAUUCCAAUUUUUCUCCCUCUCUGAAAUGAAAUAAAACAACUA